UAAGCAAACGGUUAAGGGAGAGUGGUGUCAGAAACGAAGGCGAUUGCUAUCCGUUCAACAAAAACAAAGGAAAAAUCUUUUGAGAUUUUUGUAUUCGGGAGAUUGAGUUUGGAAAAAGGGUUUAUUGUUAGCAGAGAGUGUAGAAGAUAGAGAGAAUCGACGACAGCCAUGGCGGAUUCUUCUAAGGACGUUUCACCUGAUGCUGACAACCUCCUAACCAAUUCCUCUGACAGCCCUAAUUCUUCCGAUGCCAUUGUUCCUUCCCCUCCUUUCACUGGCCCUGCUCUUUGUCUUUUUAGGUUUGCCGGUGACUCCGUUGCCGGUGCCUUCAUGGGCUCCAUUUUCGGCUAUGGUUCAGGAUUGAUUAAGAAGAAUGGCUUUAAAGGAUCAUUUGCAGAGGCUGGAUCUUGUGCGAAGACAUUUGCAGUUUUGUCUGGGGUACACAGUUUGGUUGCUUGCAUGUUAAAGACGCUGAGAGGAAAGGAUGAUGUUAUUAAUCAUGGAGUAGCUGGAUGUUGCACCGGUUUGGCUCUAAGUUUUCCAGGUGCUCCACAAGCUCUUCUUCAGAGUUGCAUUACUUUUGGAGCAUUUUCCUUUAUACUAGAAAGCCUUAACAAGAGGCAACCAGCAUUGGCUCAUCCCAUUUUCUCAAGAACGAGAAGCGAGAUGGAGAGGAAUCGUCCUCCGUUGGUUUUGCCACUUCAGUUUGCACUUCCAGUUGAACUAAAAGGUGCGUUUUCUUCAUUCUGCAAGUCCUUGGAGAAGAGUAGAAGGUGCAGCUGGUAAUAAUGUCCACAAUUCUUAACAUCUUUUGCCCAACUUGAUUACUGCAAAUUUGUUGCCUAAUGUUUGAAAAAAGAGUUCGUUGCAAUUUGAGUUGGAAAUGAAUCUGUUUUUUUCUUCUUCUUUUUUGCUGGAAUGUAAUCGCGAACUUUUUGGAUGGUUUAUUUGGAGCAAUGUUAGCUAUUUAAUUUGAAAA